AUGAAAAUUCGAGCAACGAUUGCGUUUCAUUAUCCUGAACGUAUAACUAGAGUUGACGAUCUUGGUCAAAAACAUAUUGAUACGGCUACAAAGGUAUGCUACCAAGUGAUGAUGAAUCUCGCUAUGGAUCUCAAUUUCACGUACGAUUUAAGUCAAUCAGACUCAUAUGGCUACAUCCAAAAUGGCUCAUUCAGGGGUGCUAUGGGUCACUUCGAGAGGAAAGAGAUUGAAGUGGGCAUACUCAGUGCAUUUCUCAGAGAGGAUAGAAUGAAGAUUGUAGAGUAUGUUACUGAGACAUUUAUCAUUACUUCACCAUUGAUGUUCCGUCAACCAUCUCUAGCCUCAGUCUCUAAUAUCUUCACUCUGCCAUUUGGACUAGAUGUAUGGUGGUCCUUCGUUGCACUUACAGUGAUCCUGAUUAUUUCACAGCUCCUGCUUAUAGCGAGCCCUAUGAUGAGGAAUGAACUCGCAUGGUUGGACUCUUUGUCUUUCGUUCUGGGAGCUAUAUGCCAGCAAGGAUUCAAUCGUGACAAUUUCCUCUUCUCAGGAAGGAUCCUUCAUUUCGUCACCUUCCUCUCUUGCUUAUUCUUCUUCUCUUCCUAUUCAGCUAACAUUGUAGCACUGCUCCAAAGUCCUAGCAAUGCUUUGAAGUCCAUGACUGAUGUGACGCGGUCAAAUCUUAAGGUCCUAGUACAGAACAAUGAAUACAAUCACAUCCUCUAUCCGGAAAGUACAGAUCCCGAAGUGAUAGAGCUCUACAUGAAGAAGAUUAAACCUUUCGGUGAAAAAGUUUAUGAGAUUCCAGAAGAAGGUGUCAAAAAGAUUCGAACAGGAAAGUACGCUUUUCAAUUGGAAACUCACACUGCCUACAAAAUUAUUAGUGACACUUAUACCGAGACCGAGAAAUGUGGCUUGAAGGAAGUGGAGAGUAUUAAAAUUCCAAGACACUCAAUACCUAUAGUAAAGAAUUCCUCAUAUAGAUCAAUCUUCAGAGAACGUCUUACAUGGCAACGAGAAGUAGGUUUAUAUGAAGCCACCUUCAAGCGUUGGAUUAACCAGAAAUUCAAGUGCGAGGGCAACGUAGGGGAGUUUCAUAGUGUUGGGAUCCAGGAAUGUCGUCAUGCUUUUAUGAUAGUUGCAUUUGGCAGUAUACUUGCUAGGAAUGGACUGAAGACUUUUAAGGCCCAAGCAGCCCCUCAUCGCACGGAUGCACAAAGUCAGUCAGCUAAAACACGAGCUCGAAGGCUGUACGAUAAGACAAUGUCUGGCUUUAGUGGGUGCAUCUUGAUGGAUGAUGAAACAUACGUAAAAGAAGACUUCAAACAAUUACCAGGACAGCAAUAUUACACCCCAAAGUCUCGCACAGGAUACAGGAUGUGGCAGAAAACCUGGAGUUGUAGACAAGAAGAUGGAGAAGAGAGUAUUGGCGCUUUUCUAGAAGCAACCUUGCCUUUCAGUCAGAGAUGUGGGCAGAGGCUGGGUAUCUCCAAGAGCUUAGUGCAGAGAAUCAAAGAGAAUAACGGAUUGAUAACGUACAAAGCUCAAGCUGCUCCGAAUCGCACGGACAAGCAGAAGCAAAGUGCCAAAACGUGGUCGAGAAAUCUGAGUGAUCUAGUUUUGAAAGGCUUUCAAGGAUGCAUUUUGAUGGACGACGAAACUGUCGUAAAAGGUGAAUUUACUCAGUUGCCCGGCCAACAGUUUUACACUGCGAAGACUCGUACGGGUGUAGCCAGAAAGUUCAAGUUCAAAGAGUACGACAAGUUCCCGAAGAAAUAUGUGGUUUGGAUGGCAAUCUGCUCUUGUGGACGUCGCAGCGAAGAAUUUUUCGUGACAGGGACGAUGAACAUGGAUAUCUACAUUAAAGACCCUCGGGUGACGUCAGCCAACACAGACUAA